UUCCAUUGUGUGGGACGCCUCGACUCCAGCCAGUGAAUGAGGCGGAGGAGUGAGGGCGAGGAGGAGGAGGAGGAGGAGGAGGGCGAGGAGGAGGAGGAGGAGGAGGCAGGGAGCGAGCGAGUGCCCAGGGUGAAUCAAUGGAAACCCCCUCACGAAGCCGGGGAAACACUUCAGCCGCAGCCAAAUAGCAUUGAUUAUUUUCCUUCACUUCCCUCACCGCCGUGAAUUUAUUUAUUUAUUUAUUUUUUCCAUCUCCGUCCCUGACGCCCCGGAGCGAGCGCUGGAGGGAGGGAGGAGGAGGGGAAAAAAGAGGAAUCAACACAUCGGAGAAGUCCCUUCCAAGAGCCGCCCCCUCCCCUCCCCGCCUCGCGCUGCUCGGUGGCCGCGGUUCGACUCCCGUCCCUGCUUCCAGCUGAGGUGGUACUGGCUGUCACGCUGACAUGAGCCCCCAGCACUCCUCCGUCUACCAUGGCCACCCUUAACUCAGCCUCUACCACUGGUACCACCCCCUCCCCUGGGCACAAUGCCCCAUCCCUGCCUUCGGACACCUCCUCCUCCAGCACCCCCUCUGAUCCUGUCACCAAAGAUCCCCCUGCUGCCUCCUCCACCUCUGAGAACAUGAGGUCCUCAGAGCCAGGGGGACAGCCCCUGGAGUCGAGCUGCGGCCUCGUCCCACCAAAGGAGAUUGGGGAGCCCCAGGGAGGGCCUGACUGUGGUUACUUCCCACCAAAUGACCCAGGAGUGGAAAAGGACAAGGAGCAGGAGGAGGAGGAGGAAGGGCUCCCUCCCGUGGACCUAAGCGACCACUUAUUCUUCACAGCUGGAGGUGAGGCCUACCUAGUGGCCAAGCUGUCCCUGCCAGAUGGCAGUGAACUCUUGUUACCAAAGGGCUUCCCCUGGGGUGAGGUGGGCAUCAAGGAAGAGCCCAAUCUGCCCUUCCUUGCCUACCCAUCCCCCUCACACCUCACUGCCCUUCACAUCCAACAUGGCUUUGACCCAAUCCAAGGCUUUAGCUCUUCUGACCAAAUUCUGUCCCAUGAUACCUCAGCACCAUCUCCGGCUGCCUGUGAGGAAAGGCAUGGAGCUUUCUGGAGCUACCAGCUGGCUCCAAAUCCACCCGGAGAUCCCAAAGAUGGCCCCAUGGGGAACAGCGGGGGCAACCACGUGGCAGUCUUCUGGCUCUGCCUUCUGUGCCGCCUGGGUUUCAGCAAGCCCCAGGCCUUUAUGGGUCACACACAGUCUCAUGGGGUGAAGCUAACCCCUGCCCAAUAUCAGGGCCUGUCAGGUAGCCCAGCUGUGCUCCAGGAGGGAGAUGAAGGCUGCAAGGCCCUCAUAAGCUUUCUGGAACCAAAACUCCCUGCUCGCCCCUCUUCCGACAUACCCCUUGACAAUAACAGCACGGUGAACAUGGAGGCAAAUGUGGCCCAGACGGAGGAUGGCCCCCCUGAGGCAGAAGUCCAGGCCCUUGUCCUCCUGGAUGAAGAAGUCAUGGCCCUCAGCCCACCCUCUCCACCCACAGCCACCUGGGACCCCAGCCCAACCCAAGCCAAAGAAUCGCCAGUAGCAGCAGGCGAGGCAGGGCCAGAUUGGUUCCCUGAGGGGCAAGAAGAGGAUGGAGGGCUCUGCCCCCCACUCAACCAAAGCUCACCCACCUCCAAGGAGGGGGGCAUUCUCCCUGCCCCAGUGGGCUCCCCGGAAGACCCCAGUGACCCACCCCAGCCCUAUCGCCUAGCCGAUGACUACACCCCAGCCCCUGCAGCCUUCCAGGGCCUCAGCCUGUCCAGCCACAUGUCCCUGCUCCACUCACGCAACUCUUGCAAGACACUCAAGUGUCCCAAGUGCAACUGGCACUACAAGUACCAGCAGACCCUGGAUGUGCACAUGCGAGAGAAGCACCCUGAGAGCAACAGUCACUGCAGCUACUGCAGUGCUGGGGGUGCCCAUCCCCGCCUUGCUCGUGGAGAGAGCUACAACUGUGGCUACAAACCCUACCGCUGCGACGUCUGCAACUACUCUACAACCACCAAAGGCAAUCUCAGCAUCCACAUGCAGUCUGACAAGCACCUGGCCAACCUGCAGGGCUUCCAGGCGGGCCCUGGUGGGCAGGGAAGUCCACCAGAGGCAUCACUCCCACCCUCCGCGGGAGACAAAGAGCCUAAGACCAAAUCAUCCUGGCAGUGCAAAGUGUGCAGCUACGAGACGAACAUCUCCCGCAACCUGCGCAUCCAUAUGACCUCUGAGAAGCACAUGCAGAAUGUCCUAAUGCUGCACCAGGGGCUGCCACUGGGCCUGCCACCUGGAUUGAUGGGGCCAGGCCCUCCUCCCCCACCAGGGGCUACCCCCACUAGCCCCCCUGAACUCUUCCAGUACUUUGGGCCCCAGGCCCUAGGGCAGCCUCAGACUCCCUUGCCUGGCCCGGGGCUGAGGCCAGACAAGCCCCUGGAAGCCCAGCUGCUUCUCAAUGGUUUCCACCACCUAGGAGCACCUGCCCGCAAGUUCCCCACAUCCGCCCCUGGAAGCCUAUCCCCUGAUGCCCACCUGCCUCCAAGUCAGCUCCUGGGUUCCUCAUCCGACAGCCUGCCCACCUCACCACCCCCAGACGACAGCCCGUCCCUGAAGGUGUUCCGCUGCCUAGUGUGCCAGGCCUUCAGCACAGACAGCCUGGAGCUGCUGCUCUACCACUGCAGCAUAGGCCGCAGCCUCCCGGAAGCUGAAUGGAAGGAGGUGGCUGGUGACACCCACCGCUGCAAGCUUUGCUGUUAUGGCACCCAGCUCAAGGCCAACUUCCAACUCCACCUCAAGACUGACAAACAUGCUCAGAAGUACCAGCUGGCAGCCCACCUGCGGGAGGGGGGUGGAGCCAUGGGCACCCCUUCCCCAGUGUCCCUGGGAGAUGGGGCUCCUUAUGGGUCUGUCUCCCCGUUACACCUGCGCUGCAACAUCUGUGACUUUGAGUCCAACAGCAAGGAGAAGAUGCAGCUGCAUGCCAGGGGUGCAGCCCACAAAGAAAACAGCCAAAUCUAUAAGUUUCUGCUGGACAUGGAGGGAGCAGAGGCAGGGGCAGAGCUGGGGCUAUACCACUGCCUGUUGUGUGCGUGGGAGACACCCUCCCGCUUGGCUGUGCUGCAACACCUGCGCACACCUGCCCACCGCGAUGCCCAGGCCCAGAGGCGUCUGCAGCUGCUACAGAAUGGCCCAACUGCUGAGGAAGGACUCGCAGCUCUUCAGAGCAUCCUGAGCUUCAGCCACGGGCAGCUCCGGACUCCUGGGAAGGCUCCUGUCACCCCCUUAGCUGAGCCACCUACCCCUGAGAAAGAUGCCCAGAACAAGACAGAACAAUUGGCUUCAGAAGAGACAGAAAACAAGACUGGCCCUUCCAGAGACAGUGCCAACCAGACCACGGUAUACUGCUGUCCAUACUGCAGCUUCAUGAGCCCAGAGUCCAGCCAGGUGAGGGCUCAUACGCUCUCCCAGCACGCAAUGCAGCCCAAGUACAGAUGCCCACUGUGCCAGGAACAGCUGGUGGGCCGGCCUGCCCUGCACUUCCACCUUAGCCACCUUCACAACGUGGUGCCCGAGUGCGUUGAGAAGCUGCUGCUUGUAGCUACAACUGUAGAAAUGACAUUUACAACCAAAGUGCUAUCUGGACCCACAUUAAGCCCUCUGGAUGAUGGCCAAGAACCCCCUACUCGUGGGCCAGAGCCUACACCGAGCAGAGACCAGGCAGCAGAAGGCCCUAACCUGACCCCAGAAGCCAGUCCAGAUCCUCUUCCUGAGCCUCCCCUGGCCUCAGCUGAGGCCCCAGACAAACCCUCCGGAAGCCCUGGCCAACCCCCUUCUCCAGCCCCAUCUCCAGUCCCUCAACCCGAUGCCCAAGCUGAAGACAUAGCUCCUCUGCCCACCAUGGCUGAGGAGGAAGAGGGGACCACUGGGGAGCUCCGCUCUGCAGAGCCAGCUCCAGCUGACUCUCGCUACCCUCUGACCUAUCGGAAAACCACCAACUUUGCCCUGGACAAGUUUCUCGACCCUGCCCGGCCCUUUAAGUGCACUGUGUGUAAGGAGUCCUUCACCCAGAAGAAUAUUCUGUUGGUUCAUUAUAAUUCUGUCUCCCACCUUCAUAAGAUGAAGAAGGCUGCCAUUGACCCCUCCGCCCCUGCACGGGGAGAGGCUGGUGCCCCACCUACCACCACUGCUGCCACAGACAAGCCCUUUAAGUGCACAGUCUGCAGAGUCUCCUACAACCAGAGCUCCACCCUGGAGAUCCACAUGCGGUCAGUUCUGCAUCAGACUCGCUCUCGGGGAACCAAGAGUGAUUCCAAGAUUGAAGGGCCAGAACGCAGCCAAGAAGAGCCCAAGGAAGGCGAGACAGAGGGGGAGGUGGGCACUGAGAAGAAGGGCCCUGACACCAGUGGCUUCGUAUCUGGAUUGCCUUUCCUGUCCCCUCCCCUACCUCCCUUGGACCUGCACCGAUUCCCAGCCCCUCUCUUCACCCCACCAGUCCUGCCCCCCUUCCCUCUGGUGCCCGAAUCACUGCUUAAGCUCCAGCAGCAGCAGCUGCUCCUGCCCUUCUACCUCCACGAUCUCAAGAUGGGACCCAAGUUGACACUAGCUGGGCCUGCACCUGUGCUGUCCCUGCCAGCUGCCACCCCUCCUCCUCCACCCCAACCUCCCAAGGCUGAGCUGGCUGAGCGGGAGUGGGAGCGGCCCCCCAUGGCCAAAGAGGGUAAUGAGGCAGGGCCUUCCUCACCCCCCGACCCAUUGCCCAACGAGGCUGCCCGCACUGCAGCCAAAGCCCUACUAGAAAACUUUGGCUUUGAGCUGGUGAUCCAGUACAAUGAAGGGAAGCAAGCUGUGCCCCCUCCCCCUAUCCCACCCCCACCUGAGGCCCUCGGGGGUGGGGACAAGCUGGCCUGUGGCGCCUGUGGGAAACUCUUCUCCAAUAUGCUUAUCCUCAAGACACACGAGGAACAUGUCCACCGCCGCUUUCUACCCUUUGAAGCCCUGAGCCGUUAUGCUGCUCAGUUUCGAAAGAGCUAUGACAGCCUAUACCCGCCCCUUGCAGAGCCCCCCAAACCUCCUGAUGGGUCUCUGGAUUCACCUGCUCCCCAUCUGGGCCCACCCUUCCUGGUCCCAGAGCCUGAGGCAGGGGGGACCCGUGCCCCUGAAGAGCAAAGUCGAGCAGGGGGACACUGGCCCAUAGAUGAGGAAGAAAGCUCCAGAGGGAAUCUUCCUCCCCUAGUGCCUGCUGGCCGCCGGUUCUCCAGAACCAAGUUCACAGAGUUCCAGACCCAAGCCCUGCAGUCUUUCUUUGAGACUAGUGCCUACCCCAAAGAUGGAGAGGUGGAGCGACUCGCAAGUCUGUUGGGUCUGGCUAGCCGUGUGGUGGUGGUGUGGUUCCAGAAUGCCCGCCAGAAAGCACGCAAAAAUGCCUGUGAGGGUGGGUCCAUGCCAACCGGAGGAGGCACUGGGGGAGCCUCUGGCUGCAGGCGUUGCCACGCCACUUUCUCCUGUGUUUUUGAGUUGGUGCGCCACCUCAAGAAGUGCUAUGAUGACCAGACCCCUGAAGAGGAGGAGGAAGAGGCAGAGAGAGGGGAAGAGGAGGAAGAGGUGGAAGAAGAAGUAGAGGAGGAACAGGGCCUUGAACCUCCAGCAGGGCCUGAGGGCCCAUUAUCAGAGCCUCCAGAUGGGGAGGAGCUGAGCCAAGCAGAGGCAACAAAGGCAGGAGGCAAAGAGCCUGAAGAGAAGGCUACUCCAUCACCUUCCCCAGCCCAUACCUGUGACCAGUGUGCCAUUUCUUUCUCCAGCCAGGACCUCCUGACCAGUCACCGCCGACUACAUUUCCUGCCAUCUCUGCAGCCCAGUGCUCCCCCGCAACUUCUAGAUCUGCCCUUGCUGGUGUUUGGGGACAGAAACCCCCUGGUGGCAGCCACCUCACCAAUGCCAGGUCCACCUCUCAAACGGAAGCAUGAGGACGGCAGCUUGUCUCCCACAGGCAGUGAAGCAGGGGGAGGAGGGGAGGGCGAGCCCCCCAGGGACAAGCGCCUGCGCACCACCAUCUUGCCUGAGCAGCUAGAGAUCCUGUACCGUUGGUACAUGCAGGAUUCCAACCCAACACGCAAGAUGCUCGACUGCAUCUCUGAGGAGGUGGGGCUCAAAAAGCGAGUGGUACAGGUCUGGUUCCAGAAUACCAGGGCCCGGGAGAGGAAAGGCCAGUUUCGAAGCACCCCUGGGGGGGUGCCUAGUCCAGCAGUGAAACCGCCUGCCACAGCCACCCCUGCAUCCUUGCCCAAGUUCAACCUCUUAUUAGGCAAGGUAGAUGAUGGCACUGGGAGGGAGGCCCCAAAGAGGGAAGCACCUGCUUUUCCCUACCCCACUGCCACCCUUGCUUCUGGGCCCCAGCCUUUCCUACCACCUGGGAAAGAGGCCACCACCCCAACACCAGAGCCACCUCUACCUCUCCUACCUCCCCCUCCACCCAGUGAGGAAGAGGGCCCAGAGGAACCACCUAAAGCUUCUCCAGAGAGUGAGGCUUGCAGUCUGUCUGCAGGAGAUCUGAGUGAUUCAUCUGCUUCCAGCCUAGCUGAACCAGAAUCCCCUGGGGCUGGAGGGACCAGUGGGGGACCUGGAGGUGGGACUGGGGUUCCAGAUGGAAUGGGGCAGCGGCGCUACAGGACCCAGAUGAGCAGCCUGCAGCUGAAGAUCAUGAAAGCCUGCUAUGAAGCUUACCGCACCCCCACCAUGCAGGAGUGUGAGGUGCUGGGAGAGGAGAUUGGGCUGCCCAAGAGAGUCAUCCAGGUCUGGUUCCAGAAUGCUCGUGCCAAGGAAAAGAAGGCCAAACUACAGGGGACAGCCGCUGGGAGCACUGGGGGCAGCAGUGAGGGCCCCUUAGCAGCCCAGCGCACUGACUGCCCCUAUUGUGAUGUCAAGUAUGAUUUCUAUGUCUCCUGCCGAGGCCAUCUCUUUUCCCGUCAGCACCUGGCCAAGCUCAAGGAGGCAGUCCGAGCCCAGCUGAAGAGUGAAAGCAAGUGCUACGACUUGGCCCCGGCACCUGAGGCUCCCCCAGCUCUCAAGGCCCCACCUGCCACUACACCUGCCUCCAUGUCCCUCGGGGCUGCCCCAACCUUGCCUCGCCUGGCGCCGGUCCUCUUGUCUGGCCCAGCUCUGGCUCAGCCCCCGCUGGGCAACUUAGCUCCUUUCAAUUCAGGCCCGGCAGCCUCCUCAGGCCUCCUCGGCCUCGCCACUUCGGUCCUGCCUACCACCACAGUGGUCCAGACUGCUGGCCCAGGCCACCCCUUACCUCAGAGACCCAUGCCCGACCAAACCAACACCUCCACAGCAGGCACCACUGACCCUGUCCCAGGCCCUCCUACUGAGCCCUUGGGGAACAAGGUCUCCGGUGAGCGACAGCCAGUUGCAGCCCCCACCAGCUCCUCCAAUGAUGCCCUCAAGAACCUCAAAGCAUUGAAGACCACUGUCCCAGCCCUGUUGGGGGGCCAGUUCCUGCCCUUUCCAUUGCCCCCUGCUGGGGGAACAGCACCGCCAGCUGUCUUUGGCCCCCAGCUACAGGGGGCCUACUUCCAACAGCUCUAUGGCAUGAAGAAGGGGCUAUUUCCCAUGAACCCCAUGAUACCUCAGACCCUCAUUGGGCUGCUCCCCAAUGCCCUCCUCCAGCCGCCACCCCAGCCUCCUGAGCCCACAGCCACAGCACCUCCAAAGCCUCCUGAACUGCCUGCUCCAGGGGAGGGGGAAGCUGGUGAGGUUGAUGAGCUGCUGACAGGCAGCACUGGCAUCUCCACCGUGGAUGUAACCCAUCGCUACUUGUGCCGCCAGUGCAAGAUGGCAUUUGACGGGGAGGCCCUGGCUACUGCCCACCAGAGAUCCUUCUGCUUCUUUGGGCGGGGCUCUGGGGGCUCCAUGCCACCCCCAUUGCGGGUUCCCAUCUGCACCUACCACUGUCUGGCAUGUGAGGUGCUGCUGAGUGGGCGUGAAGCCCUGGCCUCCCACCUGCGCUCCUCGGCCCACAGACGCAAGGCAGCCCCACCUCAAGGGGGCCCACCCAUCUCCAUCACCAACUCCGCCACUGCUGCCUCGGCUGCUGUGGCUUUUGCCAAAGAGGAAGCAAGAUUACCUCACACGGACUCCAACCCAAAAACUACUACUACCUCUACACUUCUAGCUUUAUAAACAGAUAAACCAAGAUGGGGAGAGGGGAGGGCCUCAGGGCUCCCUCUUUUACCCCAAGGGGUGUUUGGUGAGAGCUCAAAUCCCUCACCCCACCCCCUGGCCCCGCCCACCUCACGGGAACUGUUCAGUUCCCACCUCAGUGGGCACCACACACCCCACUUCCAGCAGAGUCCUGCCUCCUCCCAAUCCCCACAGACACACACAUUGAUCUUCAUCCUCAGCUCCUUGCAGAUGUAGCCCUUGCCCAUCUACACAGACACAUACACCCAUCUUGGCACCCUGAUUAUUCAUACAUGUCUGCCUACCACACACAAAAUAUAUCCUUGGUUCUAUCUUCCUUUUCCUCACUGAAUUCCCAGCUCCCCAUCCCCAUAAAUGCAAACACAUACAUGCACACACACACACGUUAUCCCAUGAUGUUCCACUGAGAAAACACCAAAAAAUUUUGAAAAAGAAGAUAAAAAGAAGAAACGAAAAAGAAAGCCCAAGGCAAAGAAGAGGGAAGGAAAACAAACUUUGCCACUCCCUCUUCUCCUUCCUAACUGUUUGUCUAGAGCACCAUACCGCUCACAAACUCUUUCCAAAUGCUCCGUUGGCUCCCAAAGUUGGAGCCUGGCAUGGGCAGGGAGCCCACAAAACUCUAACCAAACUGGAGGCUGGUAUGGGAGAAGUGCUUCUGGUUCACUCUCCCUACCCUCUCCCUUCUAACCCUCUCCUUGCCUGACAGGGGAGCCCCUGCAGCCUGGACUCUAGGGGAUGCCGCCACCAGAAACCCCUCUGCCAAUCCCUACCUUGCACCCUGGGAACUGCAGUAACUUAUUCUCAAAGGCUUUAAACACAGAGAUCCUCUCAGCGGCCGUGGGCCCGCCCCUUGUCCUAGCCCUGCCACAUGAGGGUCCAGCCUCCAGGGACAGGCACUGCCCACCAACGGCAAAUCCAAAGUUCUUUUAAAAAAAAACUGAAACACAACCAAAAAAAUGAGAGCGAGAGAGAGUGCGUGCACACGCACACAAAAGAGAGAAAUGGAGACCAGAGGAAUGAACUAAAGAAAAACAUAAACUUGGAUAAUGCAGAAAAAAAAAAAAAGAAAGAAAACUCUCCCAUCAAA